CUUCUUGCGACCCACGCGAAAGGCACGAGAGCGGCGCAUUACUCGCAAACUCCCCCUCUAUUUAUCUAUUUAUUUCACGCGACAUGGAGGCAACUGUCGUCGCUACGACGCAACUGACACAAGACUCGUUUUAUCAGCCUUUCUCGGAGAGCCUGGAGAAGCAGGACAGGGAGUGUAAAGUGCUGAAGAGACAGCGCUCGAGCAGCCCGGAGCUGCUCAGGUGCAAGAGGAGGCUGACCUUCAACGGACUGGGCUACACAAUCCCUCAGCAGCAACCCAUGGCGGUGGCGCGGCGCAACGAGCGCGAGAGAAACCGCGUCAAGCAGGUCAACAUGGGCUUCCAGACGCUUCGCCAGCACGUACCGAACGGAGCGGCGAACAAGAAGAUGAGCAAAGUGGAGACGCUGCGCUCCGCCGUGGAGUACAUCCGAGCCCUGCAGCAGCUGCUGGACGAGCACGACGCCGUGUCGGCUGUGCUGCAGUGCGGCGUCCCGUCUCCAUCCGUCUCCAACGCGUACUCGGCGGGUCCGGAGUCUCCGCAUUCAGCCUACUCCUCCGAUGAAGGAAGCUACGAGCAUCUCAGCUCCGAGGAGCAAGAACUGCUGGACUUCACCACAUGGUUCGACAGAUACGAAUCAGGUGCUUCAAUGGCUACUAAAGAUUGGUGCUGAAGAGACAGCAAGUGACCAGUCCUGGUCUUUGAUUUGCUGCAUGCUGGUGCCCAUGAAGGACCCGAGUUCGUUGACUGAGCAAAGGACACUCACAGGACAUUUUCUCCAGCAAUGCACACAGAUGAUGCAAGUUUCCAAAUGUGACAACUGCACGGGACUUUCGGAGUACGAGGAUGUCUAAACUGCUGACUUGUGUCUUGUCACCUCAUUCUGUGUUCAACGUUUUGCCCUGCUGAUGCAAUACUGUCUGAAUGAGCACAUUUUGAAUGAGCCAGUGUGUUCCUAUCAUAUUGUACAAAUAACGAGGUGACCAGUCGUAGUUUUAAGUAAUUGAGGAAACAUAGUAUCAGGUCCCUUAUACAGCGUCUGCAAGGGGAUACACUAACGUUACACUAGGAAGCCCAUGCACAGGCAAACUGUAUAUUACAAUAUUUUGUGCUAGAUGUGUGGCAGUGUUUUUAUACCGGAUGAAUAACUUUUGUAUCAAAGUGUGCACUUGUGUGUUUUUAUACAAACUUGUGUAUAUGCAAUUUUUUUAUGAAGAGAAACCUAUUUUAUGUAAAAUAAAGAUUUUAUUUAUUCAG